AUGCCGUCAGCCAUCGAUCGUCCCCCUUUGACUGUCGCCGUGAUAGGCGGCGGCAUUGGUGGCCUCUGUACGGCUCUGUCUCUCAAACAUCAUUGCGGAGAUCUCGUCGAUAUCGAUGUUUACGAACAAGCGCCGCAAUAUAAGGAAAUCGGCGCUGGCGUCGGCAUUGGUGUCAACGCCGCAAAGCUGCUGCAUAAAAUCGGCCUCGGCGAGAACGUGGCGCACAUUGCUGGUAAGCGUAGCGGCAUUUGGAUUAUGUUCCGAAAAUUCGACGACGGAUCAGAAGUCGUGACGGUACCCUCGGUCGACACAGAGGAAGUCAAGCAGCUGCCGGUCCAUCGAGCGGAGUUCCUGGAUCUGCUGGUGGAUGUCGUGAAACAGCGAAAUGCCGCAAGGAUGCAUACCAACAAGCGUUGUCGAAAACUCACAGAACAAGGAGAAGAGGUUCUGAUCGAAUUCGAAGAUGGAUCCGAAGCAAAGGCGAACCUGGUCAUUGGUUGCGAUGGCAUACAUUCUGCCGUCCGAGCACAAUUCACGAGUGACAACCCCGAGUACAGUGGGAGAAUUGCAUAUCGAGGAUUGGUCCCAAUUUCUGAAAUCGAGAGCUGGUGGGGCUUUCCAACAUACUCGGUGACAUGGUUAGGGAAGAAUAGGCAUUUCCUGUGCUUUCCGAUAUCGCAAAACCAGACGUUGAACAUUGUGGCCUUUGUUGCCGAGGAUGAGGAGAACCUGGGCGACCUCAGGGAGAGCUGGACGGAGAUCGGGAAAAGAGAGGACGUCUUCGAGGCAUUCAAAGGAUUCGAGGAGAGGGUACAGAAGGUCAUCCAGCUGAUGCCGGAACAACCAUCAAAAUGGCUGAUAAACGACCGAAAACCGCUCGAUGAAUGGGUGUAUCUAGGUGGCAAGGCCGUGCUUCUCGGGGAUGCUGCUCAUGCAAUGACUCCUCACCAAGGCGCCGGUGCAGGUCAGGCUAUUGAGGACGGAUACAUCCUUGGCCGGGCACUCCAGGACUACUUUCAAUCUUCGUCUCCGAAAGAAGGCGCCCUCGAGGCUUGGGCUAAGCUGUACCAGGACGUGCGCCUUCCCAGAGCACAAAAGGUCCAGCGGGGAUCUCGCGAUGCCGUUGAGAUUUACCAGGCGCAAGCGGAUGUUAUGAAGGAUCUGCCUUUCGAUGAGUGUGUGCCAGAAAUACACAAACGGGUCAUCAACAGGAUGAAGUGGAUUUGGACCGACGACAUCGAUGCCGAAUACGAUGAAGCAGUCAAGACUCGGAAGGAAGCAGGGACAUUGUAG